GGAAGCAACUCUAUUUUUGAAAAUGAAAGUAGAAUGUAAACAAGGGACAGAUUGACGAAAUGUGUUGAUUUUCAGAUUGUACCAGCAGUGAUAACAUUUUCGAAGGUAAAAAUGUUUAAUCCUGGUGAAGUUACAAUCAGAUCAUGGUCUGUUUCUUUCUAUGACAAUGAGAGUAGAAAAUGGAAGUAUGGUGUGCUGAAACUGACCCCGGAGUAUAUAGAGUUCCUGGAAGAGGUGACAGAAACAGCACACCCAUACAUCAAAUUACUACAUCACUAUGCUGUUACAGACAUAAAGAAGUCUCUCACAGGAUUGGUCUAUAGAGCCUUAGUGAUAACUUUGGUAGACAAAACAAAAUACUGGGUCUCUUCAUUAGCAGAUCAAACAUCUCUUUAUAAUGUUCUCCAGUAUUUCCAACAUCAAAAUCUCUUCUCAGAAGCAAAGAAAAAAUCACAAACUGACACUCAAAAAUCAUUUGUCCAAACAGAAAUGGGUAGGAAACUUCUGCAUAGUGUGCAUGAUUCAGAGAAGGUAUUAAAUAAUGCUGUUACUGUAUUGCAUGAACAAGGCACACAAAUUGAAUCAUCUUUUGCAACCAUGCAUGAUAUUAACAAUGAUCUUGACAUUGCAGACAGUAUAGUUUCUGGUCUAGAUAGCUGGCUAGGGAAGUGGAAAAUACCACAACAGUACAAAAGAGAAAGCUUAGAAAUAAUUCAAAGCAAAGAUUUGCCUACUGAGUUAGACUAUGAGAUUUUAUAUACAAAACUUGAAAUGGGAAAGAUGAAUUAUCAACACUUGGGAAUUUUAAGAGUCUGUAUCCAAGGUCUGUUCAUUAUGACUGAAAAACAGAAGGUUGUGCAUAAUUUUGAUUGGAGAGCUAUAUCUUUGGUGAAAGUUUUGUCACUUUGUGAAAUCACAGUAACACAAUAUCGGAUAGGUCAACAAGAUUUGACUUAUGACUUUGUGUGUACAAAUUUUCUACCUGUGCUUAGACUUCUUGAUGCAAAACUGAAAAGUAAAGUAGAGUUUAUGGAAGAUGUCUUCAAAGAAGAAAAAAUGAAGAAAAUGAGAAAACAGAAGCCACUUAUUGAUUCUACAGACAUGGCAAAAGGUGAAUUGUUUUCUAAAGUAGACGAUGAGAAAACAAUUUGUUAUAACACAGUCCCUGCAUACCUAGCUCAACCAUCAUCUGUUUACCAGGAAGGUGCUGAAGUUCUCUGUCAGAAACAGAUUGUUACAGAUGAAGAAGUAGCAGAAAUAAGUCAGACUCUACAGAAUAUUAAAUCAGUGGCUUUGUCUACACAACAAGAAUUAGACAUCCAAAUGGACAACAUUGAGAAGUUAUCAGAUAAUGUUGACAAAGCUAACCAAAGAGUAAAGGAAACUGUUAGACAUAUCAAUAAACUUACAUGAAAUGACAACAUUGAGAAGUUAUCAGAUAAUGUAGACAAAGCUAACCAAAGAGUAAAGGAAACUGUUAGACAUAUCAAUAAACUUACAUGAAAUGACAAUUUACUGGGUAUCUUUUAAACUAUUGAAAGGAUGGUUCUUUUAACGACAACCUUAAUUUAAACUGAUCUUCUUCAAUUAAAACUGAAAACUGAAUCCGAAUUGACAUAAAUAAUAUUAAGAAAAGCAAAAAUAAACUCUCUGGAAUAAAUGGAAGUUUUUAACGAUCUUGAUCAGCUAUACAAUUCUCUGGAGGCAAAAUAUACUAAAGGGACAUUCAAACUCGUAAGUAAAAACCCUGAUGAAGCCAGGGUUAAAAAACAAUUAAGAACACCAAACAAAACACAACAGAGAAAACCAUAGACUGAGCAACACAAAAAGACCAGCAAAAACUGGGGUUAAGUCAGGUGCUCUUGAAGGGUCAGCAGAUCCUGCUCCACAUGUGGCACCCUUCUUGUUGUUCAUUUUAGUACAAACCUGGUAAAUUAAGUCUUAUUUGUAGAUCAUGAUCAUACUUGGGGAAAAGGGAAAGGGGGGUUGUAUUGAAGUUACAACAUUUGGAACAUAUCCACCAUCAUCUGUGAAAUGGGUAUACCAUAAUGGUCAAUCAACAUGUGAUGGCAUAAUUAUAGGUAAAACAAGCCCCAGAAUAACGUUUUAACUGAGAUAUUCUGUAUGCAGGCACUGCUGGAAUGUUGCUACAUAUACAUUUUUUUGUGGAAAUGGAUAAAUUACAAUUAGGAAGCUGAAUUCAUCUCUUUUAACCACAACAUAUAUAUCCUGUUGAGUGUUCUGUGUCAAAUCUGAAAUUAACUUUGCAGUUAUAAUUGAAGGAAGGUUAGGACUGAUGUUGAAUAUCUCACUUUAUUGUCUUGACAAUGAUGGUAGAUAAUUAUUGUAAAAAACGUAGUUGAUAACUUUUAAAAGUUGCUAACAAUACAUUUGUCUCACUUUGUCUCUAGUCACUAGUGGAGAGUUCUCAUUGGUCAUCAUAUUUGUACAUAUAUUAUGAGUAACAUCAUAAUAGGACAUUUAUAAUUGCUUUAAAAUUUUUGCAAGAAUUUAGAUAUACACAUCUGUCAGAUAGGAUUCAGCUGACAAUGGCAUCAUUCUCACGGUUUAUUGGUCAAUGUUAAAGUUUUUGUGAUUAUUUUCUUUAAUGCAUAUCAGUGUAAUUUUUG